GGAACAAAUAUGAAGUUACUCAAAAUCAGAGAAUUAAUCCGUGAUAUACCAACAGGUGGACCCUUAGAAGUAUUCAGAAAACGUGCAAGUUUUGAUUGGAAAUCGCUAAAAUUUAAUAUUUUCGGGGUUGACUCUCUUGAGUAUCAUGAAAAAGUUUAUAGGUUUAUUGAGAGUUCACCCGAUUUCCAGAGGCCAUCAAAAACUCUCACUUUGGACGAAUAUCGACGAAGAUGUUUUAAUCAGAUAAAAACUCUUUUCAAAAAUGAUCUUAUUGAAUCAAAUGGUUUGUCUCUGAAUGCUUACAUCGAUUAUGAUUCUUCAUUACCGGUAAUUAUAGGUAUUUUAUAUGCUAUGGUACCAGGAGUAGUUUUCUCCCUGGGUACUGAACGUCACAUAGAUUAUGUUAGCAAGUUUCAUAGCGGGGAAUAUAGAGGAUGCUUUGCACUUACUGAAGUUUCUCAUGGGACUAAUGCAAAAGGCAUGAGAACGACUGCAACCUAUGAUAUAGCUUCACAAAGUUUUAUUUUGAAUUCGCCAGAUUUUGAAGCCGCUAAAUUUUGGAUAGGGGGUUUAGGUAAACAAGCGACGCACGCAAUAGUUUUUGCUCAAUUAAUAACUCCAGAUGAAAUUUGUCACGGUCUCAAUAUCUUCAUUGUACCUAUUCGAGAUCCAAAUACAAUGCUGCCGAUGCCGGGAAUAACAAUAGGUGAUUUAGGUGAAAAGGUUGGACUUAAUGGUGUUGAUAAUGGUUUCAUAAUGUUUCACAAUUUCAAAGUGCCUAGAGAAAAUUUGUUGAAUAAGAUGUGUGAUGUCACAACAAAUGGACAUUUUAUAUCAGCGAUUAAAGAUCGAAGUAAAAGAUUUGGUGCAUCACUCGGAACUCUUUCUCUUGGUCGAGCUAACAUUACCAAUAUUUGUUUUAAAUACUGUUCAUUGGCAAUAGUUAUUGCAGUUCGAUAUUGUGCUGUUCGCAAGCAAUUUGGGCCUUCAGCAACUGAAGAAUGGCCAGUUUUACAUUAUCAAGCAUUGUAUGGAAGACUGAUGCCACACUUAGCAGCUACUUAUGCUAUUCUUAUUUUUUCAACAACUUUUCUGAAGCAAGUUCAAAUUUUUCAAGCACAUUUAUUAAAUCCUGAAACAAAAGAUGAAGCAGCUGCUGAAGGUUUGGAAAUCCAUGCUCUUUCUUCAGCUACAAAGCCUCUUUGCUCUUGGACAGUAAGAGAUAUUAUUCAAGAUUGUCGAGAAGUUUGUGGUGGUAUGGGAUAUCUUAAAGUUGCUCGCCUAGGAGAUUUAAGAGCAGAUCAUGAUGCAAAUUGUACAUAUGAAGGUGAAAAUAACGUGUUAGUUCAACAAGCAAGCAAUUGGCUCCUAAAUUUCACUUCCAACUUCAGUAAUGGUAAACCUAUACCUUCGCCUUUGAAGUCUAUUGAUUUUUUGGCUCAGGGUAAGAAAAUUCUUCAAACAAAAUUUACAUGUAUGAAUAUGGAGGAGACUUUAGAACCUGAAAAUUUACAAAAAGCUUUCCAAUGGCUACUUUGUUACUAUUUUGAAAAAACUUAUCGGCGUGUUGAAAUUUUAAAAAGUGAAGGAAAUGAUCCAUUUACUAUAAGAAAUGAUUCGCAAACAUUCUAUGCUAAAUCAUUAUCCCUUAUUUAUGGCGAGCAUGCCAUCUUCAAAAGUUUUAUAGAUAAAAUAGAAGACCCAUGUUUGAGUAAUGAAGAAAAAAUAGUUUUGAAAAAAAUGUGUUCUUUAUAUGGCUCUUCUUGUCUUGAACGUUGGCUAGGGGACUUGUAUAGUGGGAAGUUCGCUGAUAGUACAUCAAAAAUAGACCAGUUUCUACGUGAAGGGAUCAUUAAACUUUCUAAAGAACUUGUUAAUGAAGCUGUAUCACUUGUUGAUAUUCUUUCGCCUCCAGACUUUAUAUUGAAUUCUCCUUUAGGAAUGUCAGAUGGAGAGGUUUAUAAACAUCUUGAAAAAUCAUUACGUCAAAAUAAAGAAAAUUUCGAUCGUCCUUCAUGGUGGAAAGAAAUGGUAGCAAAGCUUUAA